GUCCAAAGCUAAGAAGGUAUGUCCCAAAAAAACAAUUCCAAACACGUAGCCUAAAGCCAGAUCACACAGCAGCAAAACCCAGAUGCCCAAAGGACGGAAUCCUAGUGCUUUGUGGAGGGAGCAAGAACGACGCCACGGCCAAAGAACCAUCAUGGGGAAGACAAAUAUAUGCUCACCCAUAGUGUAAAAGCAUAUUUGGAUAAAAGGGGUCCGGAGUACGAGGGACGUUUUUCCUAUUUUCCCAGCGAGAGCGAGUUCCGUCGCCUUGUUUCAAUGGACGCGGCACUCGAUUUAUUGGUUCUUCUUUAACCAGUCCAGUCAUUUUCUCUACCGCUCGAAUCGGUCGGCUAUUCAACAAAAUUGAAGCAGAAGAGCUUAGCAAUCGAAUCAUUGCUUCUAAUUGCAUUCUAGGUUGAUGGAUCGACAAGCUCAUGAUUAUGCAGCAGCAGCUUCUGCUAUGGCAUUUGCCCAGCAGCAGCAGCAUCAGCGACAAGCUGCCAAUAUUCAACCACAACAGCAACAGUUUGGAUUUCAUCCUCAACAUCAGCAGUUUCCUCCUCCUCCAUUUAUGUCUCCCCAUCCUUCCAUGCAACAAUUCCCUUACCCACACCACUUGCAGCAGCAACAACAUCAGCCCCAUUCUCUACCUUCUGCCCAUCCUCAGCUUCUUCAUCAACAACAUCCUCCUCCUCCUUUCCCUCCCCAUUUACCCCCUCACCUCUAUCCUUCUCCUUUCCAUGGCCAUUAUGACUCUGCUCCACCUCCAGCUCCUCCUCCAUCUGAUCCAGAGCUCCAAAAACGUAUCGACAAACUUGUAGAGUAUGCCACCAAGAAUGGCCCUGAAUUUGAAGUUAUGAUCCGUGAAAAGCAGCAGGAUAAUCCUGCUUAUAGUUUCCUCUUUGGGGGUGAGGGCCAUAACUACUAUCGUUACAAGCUUUGGUUAUCUACACAUUCCCCAGGUGGGCCCUUCAACCAUCCUUUCCCUCCUUCUUCUAUGCCGAUGAUGCAUCCCCCUCCGAACACAAUGAUGAGCCCUGCUAUUGGGCCUUCGGCCUCAAUGGUGGGUGCUCCAAUGCACCAACCUCCUUUUCCUCCUUUUUAUGAUCCACAGCAGCAUCACCAUCAGCAUUCUCAGGCCUUUGGGGCUCAUGGUCAUCUAGAAUUUGAACAGUCUUCUAAGUCUUUCAAAGGUCUUUCUGGUCCACUUCCUCCUGAUGUUGCACUGGAGCUGAGCAAUGUGCUUAACAGUCUCAAUGGAACCAAGGAGUCUAUUAAAGGUGCCAAAACUUGGUUCAUGCAGAGGUCUCCAUUUGCACCUGCUCUUGCUGAGGCGCUAAGGGACAGGGUUUUUGCUCUAGAUGAUUCUGAGAGGCAACUGCACAUUAUUUAUCUCGCUAAUGAUAUUCUUUUUGACAGUUUACAGAGGAGGAUCAACCCCCAUGAACUUGAUAAUGAGGCCCUUGCAUUCAAGCCAGUUCUUGGUCCCAUGCUUGCACGAGUGUAUCACAAUCCUCAAAAUAAGGAUGGAAAUCAGCCACGGUUACAGAAAAUUCUGCAGUUCUGGGCUUCCAAGGAAGUUUAUGAUCAAGAUACCAUUUAUGCGCUUGAAGGUGUGAUGGUUGGUGGACAACCAGGAAAUUCUUUACCUGGGCCUCCAAAAGAAUUAACUACUGCUUCAGCAGAUUCCUUGGCUGCUGCAGGAUUUACACAGCAACCAACAAACCAUAAUGUUCCACAAUGGCAGCUUGAUAGGCAAAGUGUAGCAGAACAAGAGCAUCCUGAUAAACAAUUGCCCCUCCCACGAUCCCUAGGAAACCAACAAUUUAUACCAAAUUCAGUUCCUGCUGGUGCUUUUCCAGGGUCAUUGCCAAUAAAUUCAUCUGCUCAACCAGCCAAUCAACAGUCUGUGCCACAUUCAUUGCAAACACCUCCUGCUAAUGUUGGUGAAAAAUUGCCACCAUAUCCAUUGUUCCCACCUGGUCUUAUUCCUGGGAUGGUUAAAAAGAUGCAGAUUGGCAGUGGGGUGCCCUACUCUCCUUUGAGUCCUUUGGACAUCCCGACAGUUAUACCCCCAUCCAGUAUAUCCCCAUUAGAAGUUCUUGAGAGAGUGUCAAAAUUCUUUAAAGAUAUUGGAGAGAUUAACCCUUUUGAGGGAUCAAUAAAGUCUCAUUCAAAAGAUGAGGAUGAUGAGUGCGAGAGAGAUCCUCCUGUUCGAAAAGGAGGAGCUUGCAUCCCUCCACCCCCGAACUUACAGGUUGACCCAGAGACUGGGGCUUGUGCUGAUGGGAGCAUGGAACGGAAAUCGGGAUCUACUGGCUCAGGAAGGUUGGGGCUUGGUGCAACAGCUGACCCUAACGAGGCAAGUCAAUACGAUGAUGUUUACACAUCUUACAGGAAACAACGAAGCACUACCUACCAUUCAUCCAUGAGUGCAAGAGCUACAAGGUAAAAUCUCCUGAUAUGUCUCACAAUUUAGUUGUCAAGUGGAUAAAUGGAGUGCCAAAACAAUUGCUUUCUGCCCAUCUUUCAUUAAACUUUUUGUGGACUAUAUAAAUGACUUGGAUAUGUAGGAGCGGCAAACCUGAUUAAUCUUAUAUCAUGUGAAUUAAAGUUUUGAUUUAGGGGAAUGUUAUUACUGUAAUUAGACCUGGCCAUUGGCAGGUCCACUCUGGGCUGUAACAGAAUCGGUCUGAUUAAAACUUGAGAUCAAAACUGUUUAAUGGUAUACAGGUUCUAUUCA